UCCUCUUGUCACAUUGAAUAGAGAACAGUUUCGUCGUCUCGUCCGUUUCCAAAAGAUCCUUGUCUUUGUGCAUUUCCAAGUGCCAUAGCAACACGUUCGAGGACGUCUAAAUUCGUAGCAAACGYGAUGAAGGUCGUGGCUGUGUUCAGAGCGUUGGUAACCCUCCUCUUCUUUCAAAAAGUGGACAGUCAGGAAUGUGGAGCCAACGGCGAUUGCGACAGUCACCAACGAUGGUAUGAUCUACGAAACACAUGAUACUAUGACUGCAAGAAUGCUUUGCAAGACCUUUUUGAAUUCCUCACAAUCUGUGCUAUUGUUCUUUAACUGCCUGUCAGUCCACUCUGGGAAAUCGAAGGAGAAUGGUACGUGAACAUUUAUGGUCGCAAGCAAAAUACCGAAAAAACUGGCAACAAGUUGAACUUCGAGAGUGUCGAAAUUGUUCUGGACACCGCUUCUUGCACGCUUUUGGCUCCUUCAUACCAACUGUUAAUUUAACCUUCGUGCUAGAUUUGUUCUAACUUAUUCAUUUUCUUUCAAUUUCGUCUUCAUCUUGCGUCAAGCUAUCGGAGUCCGGCAUACAUGGCAAACAUUUGUCCAGUAUCUUGUAGUGGUAUGAAAGGAGCCCCGGCUCGGACAGAAUGUUAUGACGUCCACAAAAAUUGUUCCGAUUGGGCUGAAGUGGAUGAAUGCGAAACAAACAAUGCCGUGAAAAACUAUUGUCCAUUGUCCUGCGGAAGGUGCACGGCAAAGGCUACGAUUAACACCGUUGCGGAGAAUACGGGAUGCGGAGACGACAACGAAAACUGUAGCGCUUGGGCGGUAAGAUCGAUUUGUGCAACUCUUCCGUUUUAUCUAUCAAUCGAAUCGAGAGGCGACUUUUGAAUUUACURUACGUUACUUUGUUUCUGAUUAGCUUCAAUAUGUGAAACGAUUAUUUCGCGACGCCACAGGAUCUUGGAGAAUGUGACAAAAAUCCAAGGUAUAUGCUCGAGAAGUGUCGGAAAUCGUGCGGUGUGUGUCACGGCACGGUGACGAGCACCGAAAAGACUCAAACAAAAGAUUUUGUCGAUUUAAUUCAGCGCACUGCCAAUUUUGGAGUCACUCAAACUGCAAGCGGUGCACAAAAAAUGACAACCCUGGAUCAUAUGGAAAAGAUGAUGAAUUACUUGGGAAGCGAUGACUACAAGUCGCUACCGUCACAAAUCAAGAUGCACUGCAAAAACCAGGUAUGACAUUGUUUGAAAUCACGAAACAGGUUCCGAGCAAAGCAGACUUCCCUAACAUGUUCUGUUUACUUUUACUUUUUAGAAUGAAUUAUGUUCGUUUUGGGCUGGAAUUGGAGAAUGUGAAAACAAUAAAUCAUUCAUGAAGGUACAAUGUGCGCCAGGUAGGUCGAAAAUGCAUUCCAUUUAUUUAGUGUCAGCGUCAAAAUGAUAAACUGUUAGCUUACAAGUSUCUUUCUGCAAAAGCUUGCCAAAGUUGCCACCUGAUUGACAUUGCCAAUCGUUGCCCAAACCUUCCAGAUGCCAUUCCAGGCCUGAAAGAGGGAGAUUUGAACAAAAUGUUUGAAAGAAUAGUCGAGGAAGCUCCCGGAAAUAGGACGCUGACAGAUCAAGAUCGAGAGAAACUAGCAUUGUUAGAGGUACCUGAAUAUUAUGUAACGGUGCUUUCUAGACCAAGUGAAGUACCUGCGACCGAAGCAAAUAUUAUAUCGGAUAGAAAGCUCCCUCCAUGGGUUAUAACGCUUGAUAAUUUUUUGACCGAUGAAGAGUGCGAUUCAUUGAUCCAGCAUGGAUAUGAAGCAGGCUAUAAGAGAUCCCAAGAUGUUGGCAAACAAAAAUUCGAUGGAAUGCUUGAAAGUAAAUUAAGCGAAGGAAGAACUUCCGAAAAUGCUUGGUGUACUACAAGAAAUGGCUGCAGGCAUGCAACUGUACCAAAACGAGUCCUGGAUCGAUUGGCAAAUGUGGUUGGAAUUCCUCCUGAAAAUAGCGAAGACCUUCAGAUACUAAAGUAUGAAAAAGGACAGUGUGAGUCGUAAUGAAAAUUGACUCUCUCAGCAGCAAUGAUUACUUCUCGUAAACUAACGUUUCCUCCUUGUGACUUUCUGAUUCGUCUAUGUUGCAAACGGAAAAAGUUUACAAUGUAAGUUUAAAUGCUCGCGUUCAAGAGACGUCAUGCAUUGCUCUUUUGAUCCGUUCAAUUUCUAACACAUUAUGUUCAACACUUUGAUGAUUCUUAGACUCACCAUGAUUAUAUACCUUAUCAAAAAAUGAGGCAGUGUGGUCCUAGAAUCCUAACUUUUUUCUUAUACCUUUCGGAUGUUGAAGCUGGAGGAGGCACAGAUUUCCCGAAAUUGGGAAUCACCGUAAUGCCCAAGAAAGGACGAGCACUUCUUUGGCCAAGUGUUUAUAAUGCGGAGCCUAUGAAUGAAGACAGGCGUAUGAAGCACCAGGCAUUACCUGUUGUUGCUGGAACAAAAUUCGGAGCUAAUGCUUGGAUUCAUAUGUACGUUUCAUUUCAUUGUUAUGUUGAUCUUCGUUUCUUUUCGUAAUUUGCUUCAAACGCAUAUCAUUUGCUAACAAGUAUCCCUUCAUCUGAAUGCAUACAAUACUAGGUAUGACUAUCAGCAUCCACAAGAGAAUGGAUGUAACUAAAUAUUCAUGUAAGACUGAUGACACACUAAAUUUACUUUUGAAAGUCGUAAUCAAUCUUCGCGAAGUUACACUUGUUACGGAACAUAACAUAGCGAUUGAGAAAUCUUCGUAGAUGCAAAAGUGGAAAUAUGAAGUAUUCCUUUGGGAACCCAAUGAAAAUAUCAAUAGUGCCAAGCCGUUCUUAGAGUAAUCUCAGUAUCAUUCACCUGAUUCUGUGUCAUGAAUAAAAACAAAAGACAUUU